UCUUGUGUCUCAUAUAUGAACAGGUACUGACUUAUUUUUUUUAACGCUUAGCAAAAAUCAUUGCAUCAGGCUACAGGAAUGAACUCAGAUCAAAAUUUCAAAACGUUAUCGGAGUAAACAGAUAACUCUUCCUGUCUCCAGCCUUCUAAUCUACAAGAAUCGCCUGAAUUCAUAAAACACGCUGCAGUGUCUGCACAAAGAUAUGUGUUUGCACAAAUAAGAUUCCGCGGUGCGUGUGUUUUCCAGUCUCCUGACUUAUUCCCUGCAUUCGCUUUACUUUUCUUUUAAAAAGACAAGAAACAAAGGAAAGAAAUCUUCCGCAAAAAAAGUUCGGGCAGUGGAAAAAAAUACUAUAAUGAACUGCUCGCAAAUCAACAACGCGUUAAGAGUUUCAUUGUCAAGGAAUGUUAUGAUGGACCGGGAAUUACCUGCCUGCCGACUAUAAUGUGAAGAAAAUGAAAUAUGUAGUAAUUGAGCCAGGAUUUGGUAAGCACAAGUGAACAGUUACCUUCGAUGUUUCUAUUUUCCCGGAUCCUACUGCCCUAUUAAACCUUACUACUCAACUUCGUUCAUACAUAAGGGAAAUAUUUAAGAAGAGACUUAUCUUCCAUGGAUAGCAUUUGCUUUAUCGAAUCCAACGGCUAACUGCCAUAAUACAUGCAGCCGAAUAAAAACGAACGGUUAUGUUACUUGUAAUGACUUUUUUCUACGUAAUUAUGACUAUCAUAUAACCUCACGGCUUAAAGUAGACAAAGAAAUGCUAUUGGGGUUAAGUGAUCGAUCUUUAUACAUUCCAGCCUAUUGUCUGUCAUUGCUGGUCUACCUAGACGGUCAACUAGAGAAACUUUGCCGCAUUCCUAUGGGGAAUUCAUUUAGGUUGUAUUCAGUUUGUGCAAACGUAUGUAACGCCCAGGAGGGCUUGACACAAGAAGGGCAAUGCACGCCUGCGCAGAUCUGCUGUCUAUGUUUAAAACACCAUAUCUCCUUUUAUAGCAACCUUGGACAGUCUAUUUCUCAGGCCAUAAUUUCCAACAAUUUGGUCGCCGGAAGUACAGGGGAAGCUGAACAAUUCUUCGCAGAGAAAUGUAAAAAUCCCGAUUAUAGUAACGCUUUCCUCGAUAGCUUAAAUAAAAUGCGAAUCAAUCGAGAGAAUUGCGACUUUGCUUUGGAGGUAGGGGGCGAAACCAUAUAUGCCCACAGACUGGUCCUUACAAUUGCUUCCCCCUAUUUUGCAGCCUUGUUUAAAAAUGAUACAAAAGAAAAAGCCACAGGAUUAGUUAAAUUGGAAGAUAAUGACGUAAGCGCUGUAAAAACCAUCGUUGAGUACAUCUACUCUGGGGAACUACCACUAACUGAGGAAAACGUUCAAUCGAUUUGCACAACAUCUGACUACUUACAGAUCGAAUGGGUAAAAAGCGAAUGCUUGGAAUUUCUUAAACGCAAUUUAAACGCAACAAAUUGUCUCCAGCUACGAACAAUCGCCGAAAAGUCACCGUUCGAAGAACUCUAUGAAUGCAGCCGCAAUUAUAUUUUAGCAAACUUUGUCAUAUUAAUCGAUAAGAAGGAAUGGUUAGAGCAGACCUUUGAAGUGAUUGAAGAUUUAAUAAAAGACGACAAACUUUUAGUACACCGGGAAGAGAAUGCAUACAAAGGAGUAAUGAACUGGAUAAAGUACGAUUUGACGAAAAGACAAAAUUAUCUCGCAAAGCUAACGCGCCACGUUCGCCUGACUUAUGUUAGAACUGAAUUCUUGAGAGAUCACAUCCUUACCGAAAUUAUGCUUACAAGCGAUCCGCAAUGCAAUCAAUUUUUAAAUAAAGCCUUCAGAUAUCAGCUAACACCACGAGCCCAUGGUCCAUCCAGCGCCCAGCGAAAUCGAAAUGGAAAGUUUCUUGUUGUGUUCGCUGGUGGUGCGGAUAUAACGACUGACACAGCGCAUCGUAAUUGCAAAGUCUACGAUUCAACCGAUAACAACAUGUCGCCUAUUCCAGACAUGCUAGAUUGUAGAUCUGCACAUUCCGUAAUCUCUUUAAACGGUAAGGUGUAUUCAGUGGGAGGAUGUUGCGAUGAUACUGGGAAAACCGCGGAGUGUUACGAUCCGGUUGGUAAGAAGUGGACUCAUAUCGCGCCCAUGAGCGCUGGUCGCUAUGACUUUGGAAUUUGUGCUUGUGAUAAUCUGAUGUAUGCUAUCGGUGGUUGUAGCCGUUCAAGUGUUGAAAGUUACAAUGCGGCCACCAACACAUGGUAUACGUGUCCAGAUAUCCCUUUUGCGGUCAAUUUGUUCUGUCGUGCAGCUGUUAUAAGACACAGCAUUUAUAGCUUGAAUAGAAGAUCUAAUGGCAUUACUUCGUGUAUCCGUUUCGAUUCGAGAGAGGGGCGAUGGCAUAAUCUGAAUGAAAUGCCAUGGCGUCUAACUAACGAUUCUUUUGAAUUUAUGUCUUACGAUAACUCGUUGUUUUCUAUUGGGAGGAAUUGCUCACGCCUUGACAUACGGACAAAUAAAUGGGAGGCGAUGCCUUCUAUGCUUUUCGAAAGGUUCGGCUAUUCAGCUGCUAUCAUAGCAGAAGACGUAUACGUGUUUGGCGGUACGGGCACAGAUAGGGAUUACAUUAACAGUAUAGAACGCUAUAAUAUUCAUACUAAUGAAUGGACAGUAGUCGACUCGCUGGAAACUGAAGUAUAUUGGGGAGGAGCUGCAGUAAUCAGCGGCGAUUUUAAUUUGAAUUGA